GAGUGCAUUCCCACUCAUACACACACACACACGCACACAGUGCAUUACUGUAUGCUGCUGAGGCGUUCACAGCCCGUGGGACACCCGCACACGCAGCGCGAGUCUCUGUUAUUACUGGCGGGAAACGACGCAACUUUUCAUGCCGGGAAGUGAGAGAAAAAAAAGCGAGGACUGGAGCGAGAGCAGCCAGCGCGCCACCUAGCGGCGGACAUGCAGCAACGCACCAGAGCUGCCCACUGUACGAUUAUAAAAACACCAGCGCCAAUGUUGUUGCUCCUCGUAGGAAGCUCCUCGGACGAGUCGCGUAACCUUUAACGCGUCUAAUCCACGCCACGUCUUUGCUCAGCGCGGUGGCUUUUCGCGGGAGCCUCACACGGGUGGCGGUGGAGCUGGUGAACGGAGUAGGAGAGGGGGGGAGAUCAGGACAGCAACACCUUCACCUCCAGCGUCUUCUAACGCAGUUUGCUCCGGGACUGCUUUUAAAGGAGGCGUUUUGUGAGCUCAAGCCCAAAGGACAAGAUCGUUCUUUGCCAGAUGAAGAAGCUCAACUGUCUUUAGACAGAGUGUUUUUCUCCAAUCUGUCACUCCACCUGCAAGCAAAUCCGCCCACUCAGGUCGGUGACAUACUGGGAAGUGCACAGCCCUCUCCUCCUCCCCCCUGACUUCUCUGAUGGACCAGAGAAUGAAGGGGGGUACCCCUCCAACGACAGACUCCACUCUGGAUGCCUCCCCUGCACCUGAGAACUUGGAGCAGGACCAAGAUAAACGAAAGCGGAAAGUAGAGGGGGAGGAUUCAGACACUUGUAGGAAAGAGGAGAGACGAGGGAAAAAAAGAGAAGGGGACAAGGGCGCAGUACUGGAAUUGCUCAUCGAGGGGCGCUGUGGAGGCGCGGGGCAGCAGCAGCUUCAGAUAUGUGGCAAAGACACGAGCUGCCCCGACGGGAAUGUGCGACUCCGGAUCGGAGUCCAGGCCAAGCGCACCAAGAAGCCGCCUAAGAUCUUGGAGAGCUACGUCUGCAAGCCCACCAUCAGAACCUAUCAGAGGCAAGUCCGAGGGGGGGCGCUGCCCAGCAGGAGCAGCUCUAACCUAGACGACGCAAACAGGGAGACCCUCUCAGGCUCGGACGGCGUGCAGACCGCAUCCAAACAAACUGCAACUGCUGCCUCGUCACCGCUUGGAUCGCCGCUAUUAUCACCGUCUUUAUCGGCAGCAUGCCCUACAGCUUCCGCCUCAGCGUCAGCCAUUGCCAGCUCAGGGACCAAGUCUGCCAAACAGGUUCCACUCAAACUGGCCGUUGACACAGAGGCAACGUCAGCUGGUCCGUCUGAGAGCGUAAAGAAAGAGAAGACUCCAAGCAUCGAUGACCAGCCAGUCCCUGCAGGUCUCAAACUUUCCUUGCCCUCAACAGACCAGAAAUCUUCCACGCCAUGCACCGAAACGCCUCUUGAAAGGGGAAUCAACAAGAAACACAAUGGUGUGGUGCAGACCAAGAACCAGAAAGGGCUUUCGAAUGGGAGAUGCUCUGAAGACAACAUUGGCGAUACCCCAAAAAUCAAAGCUGGGAAACACAGCAGCUCUUCCCCUGUUCCUUCUGUGGACACGUCCAAAACACCUACAAGUUCCUCUCAAACACAGCGCUGUUUGCCGGAUAGGAGUAACUCUCCCUCGACUACAGCAAAAUCAAAAUCUUCCCCCACUUUGGAUAUGUCUUCUGUCCAGUUACCAGUUCGGGAUCCUUCACUAUACCGCUCCAAAGACAAAAAGAAAGACAAAGAGCGGAAGAUAAGGAAAGAGAAACGGAAAGAGAGAAAACCAAAGGGAGAUGGACUGGAAAUAGAGAGAGUGAAAGGUGAUAGCAGAAAGGAAGAAAUGAAAAGGAAGAAAAAAGACAAAGGAAAAGAUGGUAAAUCGAGACACAGCAAAGAGCGACCAAUGUCUGACCAUAAAGGUGUUGAGGAACUGAAGAAUGGAGAAAAAGCUGAGAAAAACAAGGACAAGAUCAGAAAAGACGAUGCCAAAUCGAGCAACAGCGAUAAAUUAGACAAAACAUAUAAAAGUAGAUCAGAUGAGGGGGAUGUGAGAGAUAAUAUUUGCAAGCCAGUCAAAGAAGCUGAGCACCAAGCAACAGCAUGCGAUGACAAUAAGUCAAAAGAGAAGGAAGGCUUGAGACGUUCAACUGUGCUGCCAAAACAUCCCACAUCUUUGUCUGCUCUGCCUCCUCUUUCUCCCCAGUCCUUGCAAGAGCAGGACAGCAGGCCGCUGAAGAAACGUAAAGCUAGACGGCCUAGCUGGACAAAGUUGGUGCAUCGAGCUCAGAGGGCAGAAAAUCAGAAAGAUGAUUCUCAAACCAGCUUCUUCCAGAAUCCCCAGGCACCUAAUCGUCAGACUGAUGAGCUGACUCACUCGUCUCCCACUCGUUCCCCGACCAACAGCGCGCCCUCUGUGUCUUCCCCGAUCAAACCAUCAUCCCCGAAACUGAAUCAUUCCACAUUAGAACCCAGUCCGCCUGCUGCUCCCAAAAGCCCUGCGACUCCUACCAGAAAAAGAGGCCGCCCCAAAUCCCACUCCAUGAUCUACGAUGAACCUCCUCUUCGACUUUCACCUGAGGAAAUCGCCUUUCUGGGGUGUGACAAUGUUCCGCAAAACCCCAUACCGGAGUCGAGCCCAAAAAAACGCGGUCGUCCUCGCAAACAACCUAUGAAUCCAACAGACGUCACAGAUGAGAGCAGAGAUCCUCAUCCUUCUUCCGAAAAGGGAAACAGGCAGCUAAAGAUCAGGAAGCUCAUUAAUGAGAGGAAGAAAAGGAAGAAGAGGCGGCUUCACAAGGUAACGUCCGGCUUUACAGGGAAGGAAGCCAGUAGAAUUAAAGGUGCAGAGAACAAUCCAAGAGCAUAUAAGUCGUCUGAGUUGAUAGUGCCCACGCUCUCUGCCCUGUCCUCCUCCUUUGGGACCAAGCUGGGCCCUCUGAUCAAUGUGAGCAAAAGAGGAACCAUCUACAUGGGCAAGAGGAGAGGGCGCAAGCCUAAAGCCCAAACGGCUCAUCUGAAAUCCAACAGCUUCACUCAGUCAUCUUUGUUUACCCAUCCCACAGAAACAUCUCUCUUCAUUUCUCAGCAGUCCCAGCAACCUCCCGCCCACCCCUUUCCCUCUCCGUCUCUCACACACUCCAGUGGGGCCCAGAGUCCUUACAGUGAAGGAAGUGUCACAGAGCCAACAUCCACUCUGGUCUUUCCUCCCCCGUUCUCUCUCCCAUCCCCAUCUUCCUCCUGCACUUCACCCCGUCCCCUAUCCUGCUCCUCUGUCUCCCCCUUUGUGAAGAAGAGUUGUCCAUGCCAGGGCAGGCACCACUUCCUUUUUCACCAGUCGUCAUGUAAGCUCUCGUCUCCCACCCCUCCACUCCAUCCAACUCCCGGCUCCCCCGGCCACCUUAAAGAUCCGACCCCCUCACCCAGGAGUGAAUCUCACAGUGAGGAGACAUUGCCCAGCGAUAGUGGGAUCGGAACGGAUAACAACAGUGUCUGUGAGCGAGCAGAGAUGAGGGGUGCUAGAGGCAUGCUCAGGUUGGGUCAAGGGUCAGGGGGAAUUGUAGGUGGUCCGAAAAAUGCUUCUCUUGUAGACAGCUCCUCUCAUUUUCUUAUGGCCAGACACAAGAAUCCAGUCAGCAACUCAACAACCAUGGAGCGACACCGACAUAGGCACAAGCGGAGGGAUUACAGCUGCCCCUCUUCCUGUGCCUGCUUGUGCCCCUGCCCUGGACACAAUAACAAGUGCACUCAUUCAGAUUUCUUCCCUUGCCUUGGUCACAACGCACUGAAGAAACAGAAAAAUAAACACAAAAAGAAACACCAGCAGCUACUCAUGCAGGAUCCAGAGUUUCUGACUGAACUGGAAGAGCUCAUCGGUCAAUUCAGCGAAGUUCACAUCGGUCGGAGAGCCUGGGCUAGGGCGGAGCUGACACAGGGUUUUGAGGGAAGCGGGAACAUGCUCGGGGGCAGGCGCCAUCACUCCUCUCAUGCUCACCGCUCCAACGUCUUCAGGAUCAAUCUGAAUGGCUUCUAUUCACCUCACCCUCCCUCUUUUGCCGCAAAUCCCUCCUUCCCGCCACAGCCUUUCUACCCCUGUCAGCCGGUGCAUUGUAACAGGAAGCCAGAGCGCAGGCAGUGUGGCUGCCCAUCAAAGUUCCCGGAGAGCAUUGAGAACAUGGGCUUCUACAGCAACUACCCUCCAGCCACAACGCUGUACCACCACCUUCCCGGCUCAUACCCACUUCCCACUCCUCACCAGUAUGCCCCACAACAGCCCCACCAUGCCCACUUCCUGCUCAACCCUGCCAGAUUCCACAGGCGGAGGAGCAGGCUGCUGAGGGAGGGAGCUUUAGGGGGGGAGAUUGAAGGAAGCGGAGGAGGCCUAAACUUAGGAUACACGUCAAGCCUCCCAUGUGACUGUGGGCGGAGUGAACACAAACAUAAACAUAGGGAGAGGCCUUCUGAACGAAACAUGGAUGACGAGGUGGUAUUACAUGAUCAUGAGGAGGGCGAAGUGGUAGCGAGAGAAAGCUUCUCCAGUUCAAAGUCAAGGUUAAGUAUGGGACAAGGAGGCGGAAAAAAGGGGACAAGAGGAAUGGGCGGCGUGCUGUCCAAAGAGUCACCUUGGCUACGUGAGAAUGGAAACAAUUCCUUCUCCGCUGCCACAUCAUCAUCAUCUUUAUCAGAGAGAUCCAGACCUGCAUCUCUCUUCUCCGUGGGACUGGGCUCCUCUCACUUGUCUUCAUUUGGGGGAGGGUGGGGCGGCCUGGCCCACAGUUGGACAAAACCUGGGGGUGCAACAUUCCCAAAGUCCAGCUGGGGAUCCUUCAGUGGGCACACAGGCCGAAGAAUGAUCCCCUCCGAGCAUGAGGACGAUGACGAGGAAGAUAUUCAUCCCCUUCACCUGAACAGGACGUCCCCAUCCCCAACGCACACCAACCUGUUCACAUCAUCCACCGUGGCGAGAGGAGGACGUGGCUUGGGGAGCACGGUAGCCGCUAGGAACCUGGGGAGUGGAGGCAGGUUAUGGAGGAAAGACCAGCCGGCUUGGACAGAGAGGAGGGAAGCAGGCUUACAAGGUGACUCAAGAAGCCGCGGGCAGCUCAAAGGUGUGCCAACAGCACACAGAGAGGAUGGCAAAAACAAAAGGAGACCGGGACGACCCAGGAAACGCCCUCUGCCCUCCGCUUUGUCUCCCCCUGUGCCGCCACCUGACCUCUUGCCUAAUAAUAAUAAUAAUAAUAAUAAAAGUGACGCCAGAGGGAGGAGAGAGGGGAACGGGCCGGAGCGAGAUGGAGUGGGUGUCAGAUCGGUGCAGCAGGUGACGGAUUCUGAGCUGCAGGCCAAGAGGAAGCGAGGACGGAAGAGAAAACAUGACGCCUCUCCCUGUCACCAGAGUGUCGCAGACGAGGAGCCGGAGUGUUGCGACACACCCGCUGAAGGUUACAGCUAUACGGCCGUGGAGCAGCCCGCAUCGCACCCGGUCGGCAUCCAAAGAGACGAGAGGGGCGACGGUCCUCCAAGGAAGACGUUUUUGAGGGCGGGGCUUUACUCGGACGAUUACAAAACUACAGAUCCCCCCUCCCAGUUGUUUUCCAGAGGGAGUACAGAAUACAAACCAGGGGAGCGGGAAUACAGCCUUUUACCUGCACCCAUCCAUGUUGGGAAGUACUUGAGACUGAAGAGGAUUAAUUUCCAGUUACCAUAUGACGUCAUGUGGCUUUGGCAGCACAGCCAGCUUCAAAGGCAACCUGCCUUCCCGCUGAAGAGGAAGCGCCGUUACUGCCGCGUCAAGGAAAGGACAAUACCCUCUCAGCACGCAGUGGAGGAGAGCUCCAGUGACCUGGCCAGCCUCUUUCCUCACCUCGACAUGGAGCCUCUGACUGGCAGUGAGCGGAGCUUUGUGGUGACACAUCGCGUGUUCCUGGUGAGGAAUUGGGAGCUGGUGAGAGAGCGACAGAUCCGACUGAGGAUGGAGCGGAGGCCAGAGAGGGACAGCGAGGAGGAGGAGAGGGACUGGCGAGUUGUUUGCGGGGACGGAGCCAGUGGAGACGAUAGCCACAUCAAGUCAGAUGUACCAGUGGGGGUGGUGGAGGUGACCGUUUCCACCAGCAGUGACCCCCAGCACCGCGAGACUCCCGACACCCCCAGCUCACUCACUGCCAGCCCCCGUCCCACUGAGAGUCGGAACAGAAAAGAAGAAGACGGAGAAGAAGAGGAGGAAGAGGAGGAAGACAAACUGGGAGAUUGCAGCAGAGAGCAGAGGAGAAAACGGCUCAACGAUUUACUUUUGACCCUUCAGCAUUCAUAAGCUAACACACACACACACACACGGAGGUGUGAGCACUGAGAGGAAAAAGUAGGACCAGGCCCGUCGCCAGGACACAUGGACAGGUGCUGUUUUGACACUGGGAUACGACAACAAGCCAGAAAAAUGCAAGAAAGACAUCAUCAUGGCACACUGUGACAGAUGUUGAACCGCGCGCUUUGAAGGGCAUCACACCAAGGAUGCAACCAUGGCAACACCUCUUUUGUCCAGGCGGCGAGGCAUGAAAGAGAGAGCGGAUCAAGGAAAAACAGGCCAGCUGAAAAUGAAUUUGCACUAGUGCCGGAGCACGCUAAAAACUUGUGUGCAGGCUCAAAAGAAAACACACUUUCUUUGAAAGACUGACCUAAGAGUGGAACAUGGCUACUAACUACUGUAGGUCAGAAAGGAAGCUUCCAAAGUCACAUUGCACCUUGAGGAAAGGGAGGAAGCACGCCAGCUGAAAAGCUCCCCUUUGGGUUUUCUUCACUUCAAGACAAGGGUUGGGGGGUGGGAGUUUCAGGGGUGGGGGGUUAGGUAUCGAUGCAAAAGAAUUUCUAAUAAGGUUUUAAAGAAAGACGUUAUUUUUCUGUGCUGUCUGCUAAAGAACUCUAUGAAGACUAGGAAUGUUUAUUUUUCAGUAUUGCUUCCUGAGGGUGAAACGCAGUGACGUGUGGUGAGGUUCAUGGCUGGUGAGGCACUGUUACUGACUCCUUUGUUAAUACAGGUUGCUCAUUAAGAGGAUAACCAAAACAAGAGGAGAAUAAUUCACUUUGGUUUAUUUUUUUCAUAAGCUGAAAAACAUUUGUGUUUUGACCUUUUAUUUGUAUAUGAAGUACAUGCGCGAAAAGUUCUUUGUUGUAAAAGUUUGAUCACCUCCUGGUGAGCUUGGGUGUGUAAUCCUCUAUCGUGGCAGUCAAAUUCCUUCAUUCAGCAAAGCAUAAAGAAAAAAAAAGCUGGAAGGACAGUGACAAGCACCUUCCAGCUCACGCACGCCCCCACCCCUUCAGGAUGCAGUGGUACUGCAAGUGCCUCCCUUAUGACAUUUCUAUGUAUUUUCAUUAGGGCUGUCAAACACAGCGCGUUAACGGUGGUAACUAAUUUGUUUCAUUAAUUACGUUAAAAUUUUAAGUGGGCUGACAAAUUAUUAAACAUUAUAAUUCAUUUAAUUGAAACUAAAUAUGGCCAUUUUUACUGUGUUUUAUGAACAAAAAGAUAAAUGACAGGAGACAAUUAUAUUACAUUUAUAUGUAUUAGCAGCACCAAAUGAACUGAAACUAUAACUCAAGCUAAAAGAUAGCACACAUGUCUGAAAAUGUAUUUAUAGUCUCUUUAAUAGUAGCACAACAUCUGAAUCACACUUAAACUGUGUUAUAACGAGCCAUGGAGGGUUGCAGUCAAAGACACCAAGUAAUUGAAGUUGAAUUCACGUGUGUACUUAAAUGCAUGAAAUUGUACUUCCGUCGUAAGAGUUAUGUUCGUAAGUGGAUAAGAAUAUCCACUUCAUGUUUUUUUUUUGUCUUUCUGUUUAAUUAGACCACACAUACACGCCUAAUAAAGACAUUAUUGUGAUUUUUGGAGUGUGGAGAUACAUACAGUAUAUGGUGUUGGAAUUGCACUGCUGUUGAUGUGCUCAGGUCAGAAUAAAGUUACAAAAGAGCGUCAGACUCAGUGUGACUGUGUGGGGAAACUACACUAUGCUUCCGUCUGCCGUCAUAACAGAGAGGCGGGGCUUGACAUGAUGCGUGUGAGUUAAUUCCGCAUAAAAAAUUUUACGUAAUUGAUUAAAUAAAUUAGUUACCACUGUUAACGCGCUAUUUUUGAAAGCCCUAAUUUUCAGCAUCAUUAAUGCAUGCGCAUCAUGUCGAGCCACAUCUCUCUGGUAUGAUGGCAGACGGAGCCACAAUGGGUCUCCACAGUCACACAGAGACUGCUCCUCUUUAAUAGCUUUAUUAUGACCUGAACACAUCAGCGCCAUAUAGUAUAAGUAUCUCCAACUCACACACAAGUCUCUAGUCAGCUCUUCAUGGAAACGACACUUCCUCAUUGUCACUAGACGGCAGCAAGGUGAAUUCAUUGACACUCCGAAAAUCAGAGUACAAUUUGCUGCAUUUAAAGUAUGCUUGGAAAUCCAGGAAAAUACAUCUACACUCAAAACAUGUCAAUUCAACUUAAGUUACGUGAUGUCUUUCACGCAACCCUUCAUGGCUCACAAUAACACGGUUAAAGUUGUGCUACUAUUAAGAGACUAGUGUUAGGCAAAUACAUUUCCAGAUGUGUGCUAUCUUUUAGCGUGACUUAUCUUGAUUUAAAUGUUCAGUUCAUUUGAAGCUGUAAAUACAUACAGAUAUAUAUAAUCCUGUCCUGUCGUUUAUCUUUCUCUUCAUAAAAUACAGCAAAAUAGUGGCAAAUGGUGAUUAAUCAUGAUUCAUUCAUUUGUUCAACUGUGAUUAAUUUGAUGAACAUUUUUAAUAAUUUCAAACACAUUGUCCGAUCAGCAAGAAUAAUGGCGUCACACUUGCAUAAAAGAUGUUACACGGGCUGUAAAAGUCAUGGUGUGUAAAACAUGUUUCUGCAACAUUAUAUUAUUGGCCACAUGCUGACAAACCCAAACUGGCAGACACCCUGCUCCAACUCAGUGUGCACUCAGACGGUAGGCUGGCCUUGCACACUAAGCCGGCAAGGCACGCUCACAGUGGCCUCAACUUAGGUUUGUUCCCUGUAUUUGAUCAGGAAAUCUGCAAAUUCCACCAUUUUUACUGAAAGGAAAACUGCAUUUUUUUUUUAUUUUGCUCAUCAUCCACAAUCCUUAUGUCAGACAUGAACACAUAUGUCUUUCUCUUUUUUGUGCGUUCUGAAGAUAUAAAACAACUAAAAAGACGCAGCUCAGAAUGCACGUAAUGGGAAACACGUGUUCCGCCUAUAAAGCCUUCUGAAAAAAAAUCCAAACGCUCCAUUUACACUUCAUUUACUGUACAUACAAUGUGACGUGCAUAUUAACCAAGCUACAGCGACAUUGUUAUUAUUAUUAACAUUGUUACGCCGAUCGAACUAUGUUACUGACCCCAGGUUAUUGACACCUCGCCACACCACACCAGCUAGCUACUAGCCGGCUAGCAACUAGCUUCACCACACACUCGCUCCCAAUGCCUCAGGCCACUACCAACAGGUAAUGCUACAUAUUGGACCUGCUGCUGUGUUUUUAUUUUUUGAGUUUGGAAAAGUUAAUGCUAGGCGUAGAUGUUCUUUUCUACGUUGCUAUGUGAAAUCAAUGUGCCCGGAAGGAAGUUCUGGUGAUGAUUAAAAUGUAUUAUAUGUUAUCAUGAAUGUAACUGUUACUACAUGCUCACAGCAUGUAUAAACAACCAUAAACCCUUGUGGGAGGUGUUUUAAUAGUGGGCUGUCUCGGUGGCAUAGGUGUAUCCCAUUACGUGUCUCCUUUUAUCUGUUUUUUUAUCUUUAGAACGCACAGAACAGAGAAAGACGUGUGUUCAUGUCUCACAUAAGGGUUGCGGAUGAUGGGCAAAAUUCAAAAAAAAAGUGCACUUUUCCUUUAAGCCUAGCUCACGACCAGUCGUACGAGCUCCUGCAGCCGGUCCGCGAGGGUGUGUGUGUGACGUGCAGAUUUUCAAGCCACAGAGGUUCUUUGGGAUGUCAAACAAACUACGGGCGCUUAUAUUUUUUUCAGGUUGCAAGACAAACUGAGACACUUUGUACGUCUUCGUGCCAACGUGUGUCUUUCGUACGUUUUGCUGGUGUCAGGUUUGGGCAGUUUUUUUCGUACGUCGCACUUGUAGACUCCUAUUGUGUGUCGUGCACCACAUGUGCACCCCGCAUACGUAAUUAGUAGGGAUGCUCCGAUCAGGGUUUUAUGCUGCCGAUUCCGAUACCAAUCAUCCAUGAGUGACAUCGACCGAUACCGAUCGCAUGGAUUAAUUGUACAUUUUGCAAUUUAUUUCUGAUUGAUGAUGAGUGCUAUUGGCCAGGGCCGCCGUUAGACAAUUCCAAGGGCCCCUGGCAAAUACUUCAUAUUCAUUAAACAACCACACACAAAUACUGUUUGGAGGACAAGACAUAUAGUAUUAUGACAACGAUAGACACUUGAAAAAGUUAGUAUGUACCCGAUGAACGUAAUAGCCCAUGGGCCAAAAACGAGCUCCAAACUAACAGCAUUGUUGUUUCUUUUAAAAACAAAAUGUAACUGUGGUAAAAAGUAACAUUUGGAGUCCGAAGAUGAGGAGCUAGGCAAAGCGUGUAAAGAAAGAUGCAAGAGAAGUCGAACAGCGAUAGGUUUGAUAAGGGAGUGGUCAAACACGCUGGCAUGGAUUGGCGUAGCCUGUGGCAAGCUGUCAAACUGAAACCAUUGAGGUUUUACAGACUAGUGUUGAUUGCCACGGCAAUACGGGACAAAUGCGUUUCUUGUCGGUUCAAUAUGGGUGUUGUCAACCCUACGUGACACAGCACACUUGCACAUUCAUGUCAUGUCUGUGUUGUCCUGACAUGAACUGUCAUGUCGCGGCUGCACGACGAGCGGUUUGUCGAAUUUUUUCUGAUUUUCCGAUCACAUGCUUUUUACGGAAAGCGGCCGAUACUAAUCGGCGGCUGAUCUAUCCGACCAUCCCCAAUAGUUAGUGCGGCAGAUUUUUCCUGUCCUCCACACGUGUCAACAUCUUACUCCUUCAUGGUCACCACAACUACGUUCUCCAUGAACAAAACAAAAUGCAGCGAUUUGCGGAACACCAAAAAUCGCACGGUCCAAAAAAUCCUACAUCCCGUUGUGACCUUAGCUUUGAUAAAAAGUUAAAAACGAUUAGAAUCAUAAAGAAAAGACAUCUAUGUUCCACUUCAAUGGACAAAUAUGAAUAUUUUAUGUUUGUGUGCCUCACCUGCUUCCCCUGCCCACAUGUGACUGGUGAAAUGUGUCUUUAUUUCCAUCAGAUUGCCUUUGAGAAUGUUUUAUUGACAAUCAGAAUGUCCCGGGGCGUCCAGGAAAGACAGGAAGCGGUUUUGACGUAGAAGUGCCAUGCUGUCUUGUGUCGAUCGAAGCAAUAUCUCCUGUGAUAAGGACUAUUAUAUUAGGAUACAUAUCGUAUAUCUUUGUCAUGUUCGAUUGAGGUUGUGUACAAAUGCAUAGAUAGUUGUCACUUUCUAGGGCAUAUUUAGUUUCAUGUGAAUGUACAUAGAAGAUAAAGCUCUAUACAUAAGACAUCAUCUUUUUUUGUUUUUGUUUUUGUUUUUUUUUUUUUUACAACUGACCAAUACAUUAAAUGUCAUUAGACUAUGAUUGUAUACUUUUUUUCUUUUUAGACAAGCAUGUUUUUUAUUGGUCAGACAAUCAGUGCUUAUUAUUUCUUGUCUUUUUUCUUAAGUAGCGUGGCUUUUUUAUUUAAUGAACAAGCCAAGAAAGUGCAAUUUCUUUCACUGUUUACAUAUCCUGCGUAUAUUUUUCCUCCCCUUUCCUUUUUUAAUGCAAGUGAUGAUUAACUUUCUAGCAAAGGUACAACUAAAACAACAAAAAAAAGCUAUUUAUCUAGAUUGCAUGACAUGUAACCUUUGCCUGCUGCCUCUCAAUGCAUCUGGAAAAAGUCAAUUGCCAUAGAAAGUAAGCUUUUUUUUUGCUUCUAUAUCCGAUAAUGAUAAUAAAAACCUUUUAUGUCUCAGAACUAAACCACGCUUGGACAAACA